AAAAAUUAUCCGUUAGAUGACGCACCUAACGACAUCAUGCGUAACGAACAAAAUAACCGCUCAAGUCAAAGAGGAAUUUUUGUGCAAAUCUGCUAUUUUACGGUUUCAGCCGAGAUUUUGAACUCAUUCUGUCGCUUGUAAACGACUCGUUUAUAUAUUAUUUUUGAAGUUUGCUGCUGUUAGACGAAAACUUUUCAAAGGGAGAAGCAUAGCAAAGUUAGAUCUGUUGGACUUGAAAUCCUGACAGAAAGUCAAUACUGCAAUAUUUUUUGAAAACAAAAUGCAAAAGGAGGUUUAUCUAGUUGUGGUGUCAAUAUUGGAAGGCCGUAACUUUCCUAAAAGGCCGAAACAUCAACUUUUAGUGGAGUGCAAAUUUGAUGGGGAGCAACUUUCUACUGAUCCUAUCGACCAUGCAGAUACACCAGACUUCACUACUGAACUCGCUUGGGAACUUGAUAAGAAGGCUCUCCAUCAGCACAGAAUGCAACGCACACCUAUAAAACUUCAGUGUUAUGCUGUAAACACAACUAACGGAGUUCGGGAACAGAUUGGAUAUGUGCUGUUAGAUCUUCGACUAGCUCAACAAAAUCCACAGGCUCCAAAAUGGUACAACUUACUAAGUAGCAAAUACUCUCGACUGAAACCUGCCAUCAAAAUAGGAAUGGCUUUGGAAGAUGAUCAACCAACUCAAGACAAUACAUUCAAGGCUCGUGAUGCCCCACCAAGACCAGGAAAAGUUGUUUCAUCUGCUGGUGAUCUUGAAAAAGAAUUAGUUGCAAAAUUAAAUGAAGAAGAAGGUUAUUUUCAGAUUGGUCCUUCUGACAACUGUUACGAUAUGUUUGUUUUGUCUGUGACAAUCGCAUUUGCUGCUAACUUGGAGCAACUAAUUCCUUCGGACAAGAGAAUAAAUGCUGCCGGCAAUGCAGGAUAUUUUUUUUAUUACACACUGUUGGGAAAUGAUGUGGCUAAUGAUCCAUUUCCCGAUCUUUUGAAUCCUGAAUUUGUUCCUGAAAGAGCUUCAGUCAGAAUUAGGAGUUCCGUUAAUAUUCUUAGAUUGUAUCUCGCAUCUCAGUCUGGUUUGCAAGUUCAUCUGUGUUCCGGCGAUCAAUCUUUGGGAAGUGCUGAAAUCCCACUCAAUGCAUUACUUAAAAAAGGAAGCAAAGAAAUUGAAAUUAAACCAGUCAUAACAGAAGGAGCGUUUACACUCUGCCCUCCCAAUCUUAUGCGACAGCAAUUAGAAGGAAACGUGGAGGCGAAAGUUGGCGUGUCAAUAAGUUUACGAAGGGAAGAAAUAUCUUCAGAUUCUGUACAGACGCCAUUUAUUGAUGACUCCAUACCACCAGUUCCAACCAAAACUGGUCAACAAGGUGAUGUUUUGACAACAGGACAUUUAUUAUCGAGUGACGAUGCAGCUCCACAAGAUGUACCUGAAAGAGAUGUUCUUCCUGAUAAACAAAAACCAAAAAAAGUGAGCAAGGAAACGAAACCGAAAAAGGCAGGAGAAACUUCUGAAAUGCCAAGAAAACCUCUUUCUCCUGAAACUGAGGUGGGUCAGAGAACAUCAACUCCUACACCGCCCUUGCCUGAAAUGAAAUCGUUUACUUUGGAUACCGAUGAUGAAGCUGAUAGUAUCCAUAAUGAUUCUGAGACCAACGUCAAAAGAAUUGCGAAAGAUAAGAAGGAACAAAGGAAAGUUGAGAGGAAGCCAGUAUCCGCUGUUUCGACACAAGAUCCUAUAAGCGUGACAGAGAGUAGUGGAUUAACAACAACAGCAACACAUCCUGUUGUACCACCACAAGCAAGACAUUAUAGGUUUUCUCUUCAUUUGAAAAGUAUUGCUGAUCUAGAUUUACCAUUUACUUGCAACGCAUUUAUCAAAUACACAUAUCCAUUCUUUGGAAGUGCUGCUCCUGUAUUGACGAACCCACCUGUUGAAAUUCCAAGAAAUAUUCAGACAACUCUACCUCGAUCUUUAUGUACAUUUGAUUUUGCAUGUACUGCUCCAUUAUUGCACAAUACAUUUAACAGUGUUCCAUUGAUUGCUGAAUUGUGGCAUCGAGACAAAGAGAGUAGUGACAUGUUGAUUGGAGCUGUUGCUGUACCUUUGCCCGUAUUGAUGACGCAAGAUCCUGUGCAGUUUAUCAGUCCUGGGGAAGGCACAGGAAAUGUAAAACAAGGAAAGCAAGGCAUAAGAUGGUCGUAUUCAUCAAUGGUACACAUGAUGUCUGUUCAGGGACCCAAUAAAAAAGUAGCUGAUCUUAAUCUUGCCUUGACACUGGAAGAUUAUGGCACUGUCAGAGAACAGAAGCUACUAAUUCCACAACAACAACAAAAACAGCGCGAUCAAAUGAAACAAAACAAAGUUCCACAACAAUCUGCUGCAUCAGCCCGAGUCGCUGUGGAAGAGCCCCGAGAAAGUGCAGAAUACCGAACAGCAAUGGAACUUGAAUUAUGGAAAGAGCAACAGGAGGAAAAUUUUGAACAUCAGUUAAAAGAGAAGGAGCUUGCUCAUAUGAAGUCACUGGCGGAAGAAUGGCAGAGACGGGACAAAGAACGAGAAGCCAUUGUUUCUAAAAGAAUAACUGAAUACAACAGAUUGGAAACAAAAUUGAGAAAAUCUUUAGCAGAAGUUGAAGCCAGAGAAAAACAAUUGUCUAACAACGAACUCGAGUUGGCAAGAAUUCGAACGGAUGUUCGGCGCGAACACGAGAGAGUACUGGCACAAGCUAAAGAAGCAACAAGCAGAAUGAAAGACGACUGUGUUCAUCAGGUACAAUUGGAAAGGGGACGAAUCAAAAUAUUGGAAGAAGAGAAUACGAAACUCAAAUCACAUCUUGUUGAUGCUGAAAGAAAAUAUUCAUCUCUGGAACAAAAAUUCCAGAAUUUUAAAUUAGAGCAAAACAACAUGCCCGAAGUCCGACUUCAGUCCGAACUUCAGUUGAUGACUUUGGAAAAGAAUGAAUUGGAGAGAAAACUGGAAUCAGUCAACAAAUCUAAACUGCAUUACAAACAACAGUGGGGAAGAGCAUUAAAAGAACUUGCUAGGUUGAAACAAAGAGAACAAGACCACGCUAUGGCGAAUUUAAAACGACAACAAGAAGAAUUAGAGCAAAUGAGAAUGAAAUAUUUUGCAGACGAAGAAAGAAAAUCGGAUAAAGAAGGGCAAAAGCAACUGUUGGAAAUCAAAGAAGAAUUGGAAAGAUUGAAGGCAAAAGAAGCAUCUGAUGUAAAGCGUGAUCCAUCAACAAUUGUAAUCGGUACUCAGAUGACGACAGCUGCUGAACCAUAUGAGCCAACGCUGAGAAUGACUAAGGCCGAUGAACAUAUAGAUGAACACGUCGCCCGCUUGAUAGAGGAAAGAGACACUCUGCUGCGCACCGGAGUUUACUCAAGGGAGGACCGUAUCAUUUCAGAGCUGGAUAGACAGAUUCGGGAUGCCAUAUCACGGAAGUCAAAAGCUUGAUAUUGUUAUUAACAGAAUUGGUUGUCGUUUUUUAUGAAGGUUGUCAGGUUAUUGGCCUUGGCUGUGGUGGAGCAAUAAUAACAGCAGUUGAAGUGAAAGAAAUUCGUACUUUUGGUUCGGCUGUUAUUUCAAAGCUUGGAUUCAAAAAAAGAAAACUUGUCAAACAACAUAUAAUUUCACGUUAUAUCAAAUGAUGAGAACACAUUCCUUUGGGCAUACACUGUCAGCUCUCUAUAUACCGUUUUAGAUUAAUUUUUAUUAUGCCUGUUCGAUUUUUUUUUUAUAAAAAAGUCUCUAAAAGCCUUUUUCUGUUUGAACACAGAAUUUAUAUGAAACUGUAUUUUUGAGAGUUUUUAUAAAAUUAUGUAGUUGUAGAAUUUUAAUGUGACCGAUAACAUAUAUCCUUCUAUAUUGUAUGGGUGCUCGUUUCUCUGGUAGAUCUCCUGUUUUAUAAGCGUGUAUUAUUCCUAUUUGCUUGUUUUAUUUAGAGAGAGAAAGUAGAAAAUAUUUUAUGAAACAAUAAGAGCAACAACUAUAUAA